UGGCAGGGCCAGAGCAACCAGAGGCAUAUAUGCCAACAGUACUAGACUAUUUAAACGAGGACUGUUGGCGCGCUGUGCUUGAGUAUGUGCCUAUCAGAGACAUCAUAUGCACGGAGCGAGCUAGCUGCCGCUGGCAAAGAGCGAUGCUGGCAUACUUACGAGAAGCACGAAUUGGUAUAGAAUGCCGGAUGUUACGGUUCAGCAAGCAGUUUCUCUCCCGUAGAAUAAUGCGGUGGGAGAUUCCUGAACAUUCUUUUGAGAAAUGGACCUACAAAUUAGGCACGUCAGUGGUGGCUAUUUAUUGCGUUUCGGAGGAGAUGUUACAAAUCAUAAGGAAAAACUGUCCACAUAUAGAAGCUUUGAUAAUUUAUGAUCCAGAAGAAAAAAUGUUGCUAAGAAAUCAAAUUAAAAACUUAGAUCACCUGCGGAAGCUUUCCUUCCAAAAAUGUUAUUCUAUCUCGGACCAAUGUAUCAGUGAAUUUAUUGGCAGCAAAGCCUUAGAAGAAUUGAAAGUCGUCAAUAAUGAUCAAGUGACUGGUCAAUGUUUGACUAAUAUAGACCCGAGGAAUCUAAAGUCCCUUACAUUAGACUCUUGCCGAUCUUUACAGCACCAUCACCUGGAAAUAGCCUGCCGGCGUUUCAAUGAGCUAACAAAACUCGAGCUUAACGAACUUCACAGAGAAUUAUACGAACACAUACCUUUGCUCUUGGACAAUUUGCCUAAAUUAGAACAUUUGAGUAUAAUUGAUGAGUUUGACUUUGCUUUUGUGGAGUUUGAUAAUUAUUAUGAAUCUAUCUGCAAACUUGGCAACUUAAAGGAUUUGCGUCUGCAUGUGCAGAAUAUAACGAACGAGGACUUGGAAAAAGUGACACGAUGCUGCAAGGAGCUCCGAUCAUUGGAUGUUAAGGUUUAUUCCUUUAGCGACUUAGAUGCUCAAUGUUUGACGAGAAUCUGUCUAAAUGCCGGAGCGCGCCUGACUACACUUGCUUUCACAAACUGUGACACCCUGACCGAUGAAGACUUACUAAACUGUAUUCGCACCUGUCCGAAUCUCACGUUGCUAGACAUCAGCGCCUGCUGCCUACUAACGCCGAAGUUGUUGGGGCUAGCAGCGGCUGCGCGGCGUGAGAUGCGUGUGCAUAAUCCCCUACGUAUUUUUGUGUCCGAUACUUCCAUGAACGACCAUUAUGGGAUGGACUUCAAAGAGUUGGUAGUAGAUCGCUGCAUAUGCUCUCACAAGAUUUGGGGUUGAUUCAUCUUUACAUUAUGAUUAUGAUCAAAUGUAUAUAUGCCUGACUUACGUCUUGUGAGUUUACUAUAGCUUAUUUUGCC